AUGGACACUGCUGAACACGGGAGCAGCAUCCGAGAGAGACCCAAAGGACGGAGAACGCUGGAAGACAGUGGACGUUGGGUGAAGGGUGGCCAGAAACAACUUGCGGCGGCUGGCUGGGCAAGGGAUGCCCAGCCCUGGGCCAGCGCGGGGCUUGGGGCCACUGGAGGAAGUCGGGAGCGCUUGACCCAACAGCAGGAGAAGCAACGGGCUGGCAGGGAACAAGUGAAAACAAUGAAUGAUGACUCUAUGGCUUCCUUCACACCCCUAUUCCUCACUGAAAGCUUGGAGGUCGCAAUGGAAGUGGAGAAUGAGAACUCCAAGCCAUCUUGUUUUUCCUGUGUUUUUGACAACCAAAAUGGAGGGAGAAGCUUCUCUUCAGAGUCUUAUUUAGCAAGUGGGUCUCUUAAGAGGGUUUUGCUGAGACUAGAUCCUUCUCCGAAUGACUGUGAAGAAGAUACAGUGGAAAUAUUUGGCUUUCAGUGGGUUACUGAAAUGGCAUUAGUGGAAUCCUGUGGACUUCUCUUUGGAUUACUUAGGCAACGAAUCCACAAGUUGGAAAACCUAAUACAGAUGAGUUCGUCUGAUUUCAGUCAAGCUGCAAACUUGCACUCUGAAGCAGAGAGCAUCAGGCAUCAAUGUAUUGAGUUUUUGCAUUAUGUGAAAGUUUUCAUCUUCAGGUAUCUGGAACCGCCUAGAGCGGGAAAUGAUGGAAUGCUCCACCCAUAUGAAGAACUGGAAGCCCAGCUACCGUCACUGUUGGUGGAAGAGCUUCAUGCUUUGACCCUACAAAUUGGUCACCUUUUUGAACUACCUAGCAGUGUUCUGGCAGCAUUUACUAUUCAACAUCAGGCAAAGCUCUUUCCUCCAUCAUGGCAUUUACUACAUCUCCAUUUGGAUAUCCAUUGGCUGGUGUUGGAAAUUCUUCAUGUCCUAGAUGAAAAAAUGAUGAGACAAGUUGUAUAUGCUAACCAUUUCAUAAAUCUAACUGGAGAGAAUUUAACCAGUAUCAGCUUAUUUGAAACACACUGUGGAAAUCUCAUAUGUGAUUUAAUAAGCAUGUCCAUCAAUAAAUAUAUAAAGGUGAGACCUUCUGAGGCGCUUACUAGUCACCAUUACCCAUGUACCUGCAUUAAAGAAUUAUGGGUUCUAGUUAUUCAGCUGCUGGAUCAUAGAAAUAAAGGGUUUCACACAGAGUCUUUCUGGAGCUCAGUGAACAAAAAUCUGAAGAACUUCUUUGAAAGACCAAGUAGUUCUGAUAGGAUGUCUGUUUGUGAAACAAUUCAGUGUAAAGACCCAUUGAGUUUUAGCUGGUGGAUCAUUACACAUCUGGCAUCACUCUACCAGUAUGAUCGCAAUGGAAAUCUAGAUGAAAAGAAGGAAUCCAAUUGGAAAUUUGUGGAAGAACUCCUCAAAAAAUCCAUUGAUGCUCAAUCCGGUGUGUUAGAGGAACAAUUACGAAUGCAUCUUCAGUGCUGUUUAACUUUGUGUAGUUUCUGGGAUUUGAACCUAUCUGUUGCCACCAUCCUCUGGGAUUAUUACAGCAAGAACUUGAACAGUUCCUUUACUGUUCCUUGGCUUGGCCUGAAAGGUCUGGCAAAUGUUAGUAAAACUCCUUUGUCAAUGCUUGAGUUGGUGAAAAGCUGCUGUUGUGACCAGGAGUUCCCUGCUCUGUACAAGUCCAGCAACAGUUACCUCAUUUUUCUCAGCGUUUUGGCACAGAUGAUGAAAGAAGAGGCAGAGAACAGUGGUGUGCACCCUUGGAAACAAAUUAAAGGACGAAUUUAUUCCAAGUUCCAUCGGAGGAGAAUGCAGGAGCUGACAGAAGUAGGUCUGCAGAACUUUUUUAACCUUUUCCUUACGCUAGCAAUUGUUGCAGAGACAGAAGACAUAGUGAGUCGAGUGUUGGAUCUUUUGGAUUUCCUGACUCCAUCUUCUGUUACCGUCUGUCAGAGAGCUCUCAUUUGGAGAGGCCAGUUUGCUUUUCUUUUGAUUUAUGUUGAGAAGAACAUGGACAUUAGUGUCCUAGCUGAGAAACUCUCAAAUGCUUUCCGUGAAAAAGCAAAGGAGUUUUUGGUAACCAAAAAUGACUACACACAGAAACAAAAUCUCUGGACUUUACUUUCAACAUACAUUGAUGGUGUCCAAGAAGUGUUUGAGACCAGCUGUGACUUGAAUCUUUCUCAGGAGAAGUUGCUAAAUGAUGGCUUUACUAUGCUGCUGCCUGCUUGUCGAGGAGCUGAACUGAGUAUGGUCCUAAAUUUUCUACAGGUUAUUCUAGCCAGACUUCGGAGCGUGCACAAACGUGUAAGCCAGGGACUUCAGCUAGGGAACACGGGCGCAAAUGCACAGCUUCCAUUAGCGGCUAAAGAGCACCACCUUGCUGUCGCCACUGCUCUCUGGAGAAAUUUCUUUCCCUCUUUGAAGAGUCAGAGAAUGGCACAGAUGCCACCUUCCCCACAGCUUGCUGACACAGCUGCAGGUUUUACUCUCUUAGCUUUGGACAUGCCCAGCAAAGCUCUGUCAGAUCUUCAGCCACAGCCUGUUCUAUCAAUGAUGCAGUUGUUUGGAUGGGAUGACAUGGUGUGGCCUCAGCUGGUGUCAAGAUAUCUAAGUCACCUAAUACAAAACAGUGCACUGCAUGAAGCUUUUUCUAGUAUGGGCUACACAUCCUAUGAAGCUUUGACAGUGCGUUCCUGGUUUCGAUGCGUUUUGCAAAUGUUCAUAGAUCAACCGACUGGUAUGCUGGCCAAGACAGAUGCUGAGCGAACAGUUGGCAAAGUCUAUAUGGAGCAGCUGACUGAAAUGACGAGACUGGUUUUUAAACUCAAAGAAGUAGAAAACAUUAUCUCAAAGGCUCAUAUUGAAGAGUCAGUAUUCAAGCAAGACCCUAAAAAUGCGCUUGUCCAAUUCAUUAAGGCUGUUGGUAGAACUUAUAGUGGCCUUCAGACACUCCCUGAAAAAUCUGCCAUGGUAGCAAAGAGUCUGGAAUAUUUAGGUGAUGUGUUAAAGUACGUGAAACCUUAUCUGAAGGUAAAAGGACCUCCAGAAGGUCUCCAGCUUACUUACUGGAUCAUAGGAUGUCUUGUAAAGUUCUGGGCACCAAUACUGGCUACUUCCAAAGCACAGCAGCUCCUCUUCCGCAUCAUAGAUUGCUUGUUGUUGCCGCACUCUGUGCUCCAGCAAGACAAAGAGCUGCCUGUGGCUUUGCUGACUGCCAUUCAGGAAAGCCUCCCUCUUUAUCUGCAGGGCUUGUCCUUUAUAUGUUGUCAGCCCCAAACUCAGGGGGCCUAUUUGAAUCAACUGCUUGGGAACAUUAUUCAACAGUAUUUUGGACGAUUUCUCCCUUCUUCACCAACUGUGCCAGGAGCUGGAUUGCAUCCCAUGGCUCAAGCCUUAUGCAGUUCCAUUACAGUCCCCCAGAUGCUCCGUCUACGGAAGACCACUCUGCAUGUCAUAAAUGAAAACUACCUGCAGUUCAAAGGUAAUGCUCCACCUCCUCGCUUGGCCUCGGUUCUUGCUUUCAUUCUCGAAGUUCUUCAGAGAACCCAGAGCACUGAAUUCUGUGACAUUGACUUGGUUCUCCCAGCUGUGUUGAAAUGCAUGGUAUUGGUUAACGAACUGCAAGUUAAAAAAAUAUCUACAGACAUUCUACAAUACAUGGUAGAAGGCUGCCAAGCAGGGUCAGGAGGAGAACAUGCCACCCAGCUGACUUCUGUAUUUAGGCAGUUUAUCCAGGACUAUACAGCUGUGUAUGAUCAUCGAGUUUUCAGCAUACUAGAAACAGUAGCAGUCUUGGAUCAGACAUUAGUUACCUGCCUGAUUCCCACAAUCACACAGUCUCUGAAGGAUUCAGAGCACAAGCAAGGUCUUGGAAGGAAUACUGCACAGAGAGAGGCCUAUAAAAGACUCUUAUCUCACCUCACGGAGGCUGGACAAAAUGAAAUACAAAAACUGGAAGAUGAGACAAAUUAGGAGCGUGCUGGCGAUUAAUCCUCUCCUCUUGAGUGUUUUCACACUGUUAAUACCUGAAACAGCACUGCACAACACACUGUCUUUACAAUUGCAAUACAUUUAUCAAUUUGGGAUUUUUUAAACUUUAAUAUAUUAAUUUUAAUAAUUUCUGUGGUAUUUGAAUAUUGUCAUGCAUAUGAAGAGUAACUGUCAAAAUAUUGUUGAAUGACGAUUGAAAGACAUGGCAGAUUUAUUACAUGUUAAAAUGUUUAUGUGAGCAGAAGAGCCUGUAUUGCAGCAUACAAGGUGGAAUUUCAAAGGACCAAAGUGAUUUCACAAAACUCAAUUCACAUUUCAACUCACAUUUUCAAUUCACUUGGCCCUCUUAACAGUGUACUUUUGAAACCUCCUCAGUUCAGCGUGUUCUUAAGAAAAUUACAACUCCUUAACUUCUAAUUUUAGCAGAGCGAGACACACUGUGAUCUCUAGUACUGAACUUGAUAAACACGGUGCAUUCAUGCAUUCACCAAGAAUUGGAACAGUAUGCUAGAGCUAUCUUAUGUUAAGAGAGGGCUUGUGUAUAUGUCUGCAUAGAAUUCAUAUAGCUGUCCUACCCUCCUCUGGUAUCGAAACAUUAAAAUCUUUCAGAUUGCAAUGUAAAAUCUCUUCUGUUGUCCUUGUGGGUAAUGUAAGAAAAGGUAGGUUCAAAUUUCUUUUCCUUUUUAACAUCACAUUUGUAAAAAUUAACCCAGAAUGUACAGUGAUACCAUGAUAUUUUAAAAUAUUCAUGACACUAUUAAAUAUCCAUUUGACUUGGACUGUGUGUAAAUGGUGGGAGGAGAAAAGAAGAGAGGACAGAUGGACUUUAAAAAAAAGUACUCAUUGUGGAAAUUAAUUUAAUUUCGU